AUGCGGGACUCCGUCACCGCCGCCGCUGGCAGCUCCGCUGCCGCCGGCGCUCCUGCCGCCGCCGUCGACCCGGCGGCAUUUCUGGCGCUGUGGCCUCGGCUGCGGGUUCUGGCGCGGUGCAGUCCGGGAGACAAGUUCAUGUUGGUUUCGGCGCUGAGGCAACUGCGUGAGGAGAGUCGUGUUGACGAGGUGGUGGCAGUGACGGGUGACGGCACCAAUGACGCCCCGGCGCUCACCGUGGCGGAUGUGGGUUUUGCCAUGAACUCGGGAACUCCCAUCGCCAGGGAGGCUGCGGAUAUUUUAUUGCUGGACUCGUCCUUCAGCUCCAUUGUGUCGGCCGUGGCGUGGGGCCGCAGCGUGUAUGCCUCCGUCACUCGCUUCCUGCAGUUCCAGCUGACAGCCAACGUGGUGGCGGUUGCGGUGGCGGCCGGCGGCGCUAUUUGGUUGCGGUACUCGCCGCUAUCUGCCGUACAGAUGUUGUGGGUCAAUCUCAUCAUGGACUCGUUGGCUUCCCUGGCGCUGGCAACGGAGGCCCCCACCGAUGCUAUGCUAGAUGCGCCCCCCAACCGACCAAACGACCCGCUAGUCACACCAACCGUCCUGAAGCAUAUUAUCGGUCAAGCAGCCUUUCAGCUUACCGUACUAUUCGGCAUGCUGGUGGCGUUGCGGCAUUAUGGCGGCCUGGACGGUACGGCGAUGGCGGCGCUGUUUGGCGGCGGCGGCGGGGGCGCCGCCGCCGCUCACUCGCCACACUUAUUGGAAACCACAUUGGUGUUUAACGCCUUUGUCCAGAUGCAGCUCUUCAACCAACUCAAUUGCCGACGGGUUCGAGACGAAUUCGAUGUCCUGGAGGGCCUUACCGCCCAUCCGCUGUUCUUGGCCAUAGUAGCAGGCGAGGCCGUAAUGCAGUACUUCAUCGUACAGUACGGCGGUGAGGCAUUCAGUACGACGCCACUGACUGCGGCGCAGUGGGCACUGUGCUGCGGCCUUGGCGCGGCAAGCCUGGGGGUUAGGGGGCUGCUGCGGGGGGUUAAAUUAGCGGGGGAACGGUAA